AUGUCAAACUUGGCACAUCAGCACAUUAGCACCUCUGAUCUUUGUGAGCAAUGCAAGGCUGCUCUCGAGGACACCAUCCAUGCUUUGUGGGUACAAGAGGAUUACAGGAAGGAACUAUUCAUCAUGGUGGUCUGGGCUGUGUGGAACCGUCGCAACUCAUUAAAAUUUGGCCAUCCAACCGUAGCCGUGGACUGUAUCAACUUCAAGGCAGAGUAUCCAUUUUUCAAGGAAAACUUCGAUGCAGUGGUAUUCAAGACCAGCUCCUCAACUAGUAUCAGUGUGAUCAUUCAAGACGGCAUGGGAGAAGCAAUUGGAGCUCUAACAAUGCCUAUCCCUUUAGCCAACUCAGUAGCAACCAUGGAAGCUUUGGCUUGUCGCAGGGCGGUGCUGUUCGCCAAGGAAAUAGGACUCUCAGACAUGAUCUUUGAAGGUGAUUCUACAGAAGUGAUCCAGGCAAUCAUUCAAGAGAAUUUGGACCACCCGCACUUUGGUCACAUUAUUGAUGAUAUCACGAUUUUAGCUCUAGACUUAAACUCAUUUCAGUUUUGUCAUGUGAAAUGUAAUUGUAAUGUAGUUGCUGACGCUCUCGCUAAAAGAGCAAAAAAUUCCUCAAGCCUAGAUGUUUGGCUUGAAGAUGUACCGGAUGAUAUUGUUCACCUUCUUUCUUUUGAUGUUCCUUAA